AUGUCUGAGGUGUCAUCGACUCCAGCGCCACCCGCACCCGCUGAGAUACCGGUUGCACCAGGCGCCCUUGCCGAACCUCCAGUAGCAACAACUGAGAACGCACCAAAUCCAAUCGAAGAGGCUGCUCAAAAUGAAAUACAAUAUUCUAUGCUUAAUCCUGAACUAAAGCCUGUCCGUCGAAUCAUCGCUGAUGAUCUGGAAUGGAAUUUAAGUAUCGUUCCUGCCUUAUCAGAUUUAGCAUUGAAUUCUCUCGUGAAAAGCUUCGAUACAAAUCCCAAAUAUGAUGAAUUAUUAGACAAACACCGAAAUCAACUGCUAAAAACAUUAUCACCUAGCGUUCCAUUGAAAGUUUCGGCGCCAAUUAUCCAAGAAGAGAGCUAUUGGGAGAAAUGUUGCAAAGAGAAAUGGCGAGUGGUCGAUAUCAAAGAAUAUGAUAACUCAUGGAAGCGAUUUUAUUUUGAGAGAAGUAUCGAAGAGAUCAUCGAAAAUUUCGUGCCUGGUAAAGACGACACGAAGAAAUUGUUCGAUUACGUUGAUCUUGGUGCUCAAUAUGUCAAACGACUUGACAUCAAACAGUUAUUACCACCUGUUGAAAUACAAGAUCGAAUACUGAAUAAUGAUGAUGAUUAUUUCGAUGACGAUGAAGAAAAUGAAUCUCCGAAUGAUCCUGAUGCUGAAAUAAAGAAACCGUCAAGUGAUCAUUUUGAUUUUACUCAAUUGAUUAAACGUUUACCCAAUCUUGAAGAGUUUCAUGUUGUUUACGGCGUCAAAGGUUGUGGCAUGAAUUUCGAAUGGACUAUGUUUGAAUUUACAAAGAAAGAUUGUCAAAUAUUAGCUAAAGCUAUUCAACAAUGUAAAUCCCUACGGGUUUUACACUUACAUCGAAGUAAAGUUGAUGAUCUCAAGAUACGAAUGUUAGUUCGAGAUGGUUUACUUGAUCAUCCGUCAUUGGAAGAACUUAACCUUGAGCAUAAUCAAAUUGGCGAUCGCGGAUGCCGAGCCAUUGCAAAACUACUCAACGGACAUUCGAGAAUAGUUCGAUUGAACCUAUGCAACAAUCUCAUUGGUCUUGAAGGCGCACAGGCAAUAGCUUAUGGUAUAACAAAAUCGAAUACCAUCGAUUAUUUAAAUAUUCGUCUGAAUCGUAUUGGUGAUGAUGGUGGUCGUGCUAUUUGUUUAGCACUAUCGAUUAAUCAGUCGUUGCGCGAAGUAAAUCUAUCGUCAAACAAUCUUUCUGAACAAACAGGAACAAAACUAGCCGAAAUCCUUCGUCAAAAUGAAACACUCAUCAAAAUCGAUGUCAGUGCCAAUCGUUUAGGAGGCGAUAGUGGUAAAUCAUUACAGGAAAAUUUACAAGAAAACAAUACUUUAUUAUAUCUCGAUCUACGUAUGACUGAAUGCGGACCAGAAUCCGAAUAUAUUAUUAAUCAAAAGCUGAAGUCUAAUCGAGAUCAAGAUCGUUUGAGACGUAUUUCACAAAAGCAGAGUCCUGAUGAGAAAAAACGUACAUAUUCACAUUUAUUUUGA